GUGAGGCUUUUUAAUAUGAGGGAGUGCCUUGGUGAGGGAGAUGACUUUCAAGGUUUCUGGGAUGACAAAAGUGUGUAAGGAGGGAGUGCUGGUUGGGGUUUCGGCGUUCCUAAUGCAGGGAAAAAGAGGAGUGGAUAGAGCUGGGGUGUAUGGGGGAAGAGUUUCUAGUUAUGUGGGCUGGUGGGUUUUAGGAGGCUUCAGGAUAGGGUAGGUGGGUACUUGGGAGCACUUAAGGUGGCUGAUGUUUCUGAGAGAUUAUUUUAGGGGAAGAACUUGAGACUUAGAGGGUGGGUAAAGUGUGAUUUGGGCUAGGAAGACUGUCUAGUGAGGCAGGGGAUUUGAUGGGGGAGCUGAAUGUGGGCGUUUGAGUUUUGUGUGGCAUAUGUUGUUUGUGGUAAUUGAUAGGAGUAUGUGUGGAUAGGAGAUUUAUGACAACAAAGGUUUUUAACUUGCUCCCCUUCGAAGAUAAGUGUAAAUUCAUGUAGCUGAAUAUGCCACUGGGCAGACUGUCUCUCGUAUUUCAAUUGCUUAUGGCUGUGAGCUUUCUCUGUGUUCCUAACAGUAGAGAAGUUUGGUUUUUGGCAGUCUGUUCCUGGGUUGAUGCUUGAGGGUGGGUGCGCUUUGUGUCAGGGUUAGUAGAUCAUAUCUAUUCUGUUCUAAUUUGUAUGUAGUUGUGUAUCAAGAGCUUGCAGGCUCUUCAAACCACAAAUCCUGAUUUUGAGAUUGAGAUAGUGUCAUGCUUUAAAAGUUUUUUUUUUUUUUUUUUCAUUUGCUGCUGAAUCUGAAGUGUAGCGCUUCUUGCACUGUAGAUCUGUGAUUUCACUAGCUUGGUCAGCAUUGGCAUGAGCACUGAAGGAGAGCAUUUGAGAAGUGGGAAGAAAUGGAUACAGUUACCAAAAUCUUAGAAUACUAGUAAUUUAUUUGCAUGUCAGAUUUGCCUUUUUGUAUGUGUGAGAAAAGAGUAGUAUUCACCUAGUGAUCCAGCAGAGAAGCAGUAACUGCCUUCUUCCUCUUAAACCAUCUCUUAAUCCCUUUUCCUGUUGGUUGAGACUAAAACCAGCACAUUAGCUGCAGCUCUAUUAAAUGCUUUUAUGUCUGAUUACGAAAAUCUGAAUCUCUUUCAUACCCUAGUAUCCCACUGCAGGCUGGUUGUGGCUGAAGCUUGUGCGCGAGAGGAAAGUUGCAUUACAUAUAAUAAAUAGUUAGCAUCAUGUAUCAAUUUAUCAUGCUUCUCCAAAAACUUUAAACAGACUGCUUCAGGAACCUCCUUGAGUGCCGUAACGUUCACAUACACUUUCUGAUCUUUCAGGAGAACUUGACAAAGUAGUUGCGUGUUGUUGGGUUUGAAAUUGGCCUGUAUGCCACCUCUGGAAAGAAGGGAAGCACUCUGAACAAGGAGAGAAAAUGGAUGCUUGAGAGACUUACUGAUAAUAAGACAGUCCCUGUUAGUAUUAUGCCAGUCUUGCAAAGGACACUUCUAUUUUUGAUGAUUAGAUAAAAUAAUUGCUUAAAUAAAGAACAGUAUUUUAAAAAUAAUGCCCUCUCCUCCAUCAGCUACAUUGGCCUUUGUUUUCAGAGCCUGUUGACUAGAUACUUUUUUUAAGUACAGAAAAAAAGGUAGGAGUUUGCAGAGCAUUUGGAAAAGCUUGAUGCUUGUGAAUGGGACCUAAUCUUCUUAUAUGGAGGAGCUUGCAUAACAGUGCAGUAGAGAGGUCUGAUUAAGACUGCGUUAAUAAUCCCUGCAUAGUCAUUAGAGCGCGUCAGCUGCUACUUAGAGAGUUAGGGAUGGAGGAACCGCAUUUCAGAUAACUUAAGUUAGAUGCCUACUGUGGGAAUAUCCUGAAGCAUCUUGUUUGUUUAAAGACUGGUAAAUGUGUUCUGUCUAUGUUAGUCUUAUGCUAAACAGUUUACUUGCAAAGUGUUGCUAGUUGUACAGGUGCUUCAAACAGAGAAGAAACAAUCUAUAUUUACUUCAGUCAUAAAUUAUAGCUUGUUCUUCUGAAUCGAUCCCUUCAGACAUUUCUCAAGGUUUUUCCUACUCUGUGCUGGUGAAAUAGCAGGUCUGACAGGAUGUUAUUAGUUCUGAAUACUGGAAUAUUUGAUACGCGUUUAACUGAAAAACACAAUGACAUAGUCAAAGUUUGAGACUUGAGUGCAAAGGCCUGCCACGUAAAGUCAGUUGCAGAUAAUUCAGGUAAACAAUCAUAUGCAAACAGAGAGAGGCCAGAGGAAAAAAGGGCAGGUCAAGUUCAAAUAAGAUUGUAGAGUUACUUGGUUAUGUGCAGAUCUUGAUCAGUCCAUUAACUUAUGAGAGUAUGCAUUCAUUUACAGGUGAUGUGGCAAAAUUGCCUUCCAAGUAAUUACUUCCAAGUAAUGUUUGAGGGAGGUGGCAUAAAUAAUUGUUUUUUUACCGUGGGGCACAGAACGCUUUCCAAAGUGUGAGUAAUAAGAGGCCACAGUGGAAAGGGAAGAGAACUAAGCCAGGUGCAAUGCCAAAGCAGAUGGGCUGGGGGAAUGUGGAAAAGCAAAAGGAAGGGCUUUAGAGGGUUAGGUGAGUCUGAGCAAUGUGUGGCUGAUGGAUCAAUUGUGAGAAUUUAUUCUUUUCAGGCUUUGUCCUCUCUUGUGGGGUGAUGUUGGUGCUCGUCUCUUUCAACCAACUCUGUGCUACACUUCAAAUAAAACCCUGAAUUAGUGGAAAAACUUUUCUCUUUUUUACCCCUCCAGGUAGAAGCCUUAAAGAUACUGUUCUUAUUUCUGAAAGCAACAUGCACCUUCUCUGCUUUGUUGGGGAGCAGGGUGUUAAUAUGCAAACGUGCCUUUAGACUGUAAACGGGGAUCUCUGAAGCAGCAGAACCAAGAUUAUGUGAGCUGAUGUAUUGGUCUUCUAACGCCUUGUGCUGAAUACUUGUGGUAUGUCUGAAGGACAGAUCUCCUGUGUGUUCUGAAAGUACCAGGUUGUCCUCAUGAGUACUCCGGUGGAGAAUGUCCAUGAUCUUCUUUGCCUGCGUGGUGCGGGUGAGGGAUGGGCUUCCGCUCUCAGCCUCCACAGAUUUUCAUUUCAACCGGGACUUUCUAGAAUGCAGAAAGAGAUUAAAGGCAUUAUCAUCAGUUCUGGCACAGUAUCCAAGUCGAGGCACAGCAAAAGGACGUGACCUUAGCAUACAUUUUCUUUCUUCUGGGGAUAUUGCCUGCAUGGCAAUCUGUUCCAGCAACUACUCAACCAUCAUGGCGUUUUGCUUCCUGGAAGAGCUUCAGUGGGAAUUUGCUGCUUCCUAUGAUACAACAAGCAUCAAUUUAGCAUCCAGACCAUAUGCUUUUCUUGAAUUUGAUAAUGUUAUUCAGAAAGUCAAGCGUCAUUUUAACCGCACAAGUGGCUCUCAAACGAAGGCCAACUGGGAGAAGAUUCAGGAGGAGCUGAAGUUCCGGCCCCCAGUGCAGCUGAAACUGGAGGAUACGGAGCUGAUGAAUGGGAUGGCUAAUGGUGGGCAUGCAGAAGUUCAUGUGGAGGUUGUCCCCACAUACAGAAUGCAGCGUGUGACUCCCCUGGGGAUUCUCUCUCUUGUUCUGAACAUCAUGUGUGGAGCUUUGAAUCUCAUUCGAGGCGUUCACCUAGCGGAGUACUCAUUUCAGGAAGACCAUGAAGGACUUGGAAAUGUGAUAGCUUUUUUUCUACCUUUUCUAGCCUGUGUUUUUCAGUGUUACUUGUACCUCUUCUACAGUUCUGCAAGGAGGACGAAGACAUUUGUACUCUUUUUCUCUGUUUGUUUGUGCAACAUUUACUUGUACGGAUUACGGAACGUCUGGCAAAUAGCCUUUCACAUAGGAGUGGCAUCUCUUUCUUCCCAUCAGAUACUGACAAGGCAACUUAUGGAGAAACAGCCUGAUUGCGGCGUAUGAAAAAGAUCUCGGGUUUGCUACUCUCUUUUUACAGCUUUUUUUUGUAUUAAACUGGCCAAAAAUAGCUUGGAAGACUUUUAAAGAUUUGUGACAAUGAUUACUGCGAGUAGGAUGUUUUGAAGCAGCUUGAAAUAAGCUAGGACCCUGGAGUAAUAUCAAACAUACAUUGAGGAACUUGGCCGUAUUCAACACGACAUGUGGUAACUGUGCAUGGUGGAUUUUGUCAGGUGUUGUCAAUGGAUGGAGGUUCUCAUUACCAUAAACAGGCUCUUACUUCUUGACUAAUAUCAUCCAGUCAGUAUUUUGCCAUUUGUCUCGCUUGCUUUGUAACAGUCUGGCAUGUCAGUAUCUUGCCCUGCCAAUUCUUACGAAAAAUACUAAACUGUAUAGCAAAGCAAAGAUAAAGUGGUGGGUGAAAUUUUUGCCUGUAGAAUUUGUUAAGCAUUAAGAUUCUUGGUAAAUGAAAGUGAAGGAGGAGUUUGCCAUAAUUAGAUUGGCCCAUUAUCAGUGGGGAACAAUUAUUUUAGGGGAAGCUUCUGGAUAACCUUUCUGAGUUUUGAAGCAAACAAAGUCUGUGGCUCCUUUUUAAAAAAAAAAACAUAAAGGCUCUAAAUGUCUUCUGGCAAAACAGCGCACCUUUGUAGUUGGGUAUAUGCUCAUUGGUUGGUUGUAAAUAAGCUUGGAGCAGCAUAAAACAAGCCAAGUGAAUGUAAGUGAUCUUUCAGCUCAAGUGGCCUUUAUAUCCUUGGUUAAGGUCACUCUUACUGUAAGGGUAAUUCUAUGUUUGCUUGGUCUGUAGAGAUAAUAAAUCUUCCAAGCCUACUUAUGACAGCCACUGACUCCUUCACCUUUUAAAAAAAAAAAGUACAGUUGGUGAGUAGAAAGCCAUUUCCAGUAAUGGAGAGCAAGAGCAGGUUCUCUUUAUUACAUAUAAAACCUUUAGCUAAUGGUGUUGAAGUUCUUACACUAAGAUGAAUUUAUGAGCGUGCACUUUUGAAUAUAGUACUUAGGAGCUGAAUUUCUUAACCUCUGCUGCACUGGGUUUUCUUGUAUUUAAUGUACUGAAGUGCAUACGGGCAUUUUAGAAUGUGUAUAAUACUUUAGGUUAUGUUUAAAGAAUGCACAGCAUUUUGAUGCAGCUGUCCUUGAAGGGUUAUGAAGCCUCAAACUGAGAAGUUGUAGGGAACUGUAGGUGUAUUGUUGUGGAAAUAUAGUUCUGGAUUUUCUUUUUCUCCAUAGGAAACUGUUUUCUGGUGGCUCUAUCUGCUCCACAAAAUGUCUCUUGCCAAAGAUUUAUUUUCCUUUCACAUAGUCUCUACCUCUAGUGGUUGCAAAGAGAUUAACAUGAUGCAGAAUUGUCUUCCUGAGUUUGCAGAAAUGCUUAGCAAAAUUACUUCUUUGCAUCUUGGUAAGUUGUUUCUGAAACCUUGUGAUUCAAACGUUUAUGAGUAUUAUUAAACUGCUAGACCAGAAACCUCUGGUACUGUAUCUCAUAAGGCUGGAAGCUCUUCAGUUGAAAGCAGUUCUGUGAUGCAGCUGACUGCAGCAAAGGUGUAGAGCUGCAGCCCAUUACAACCUAAGAAUAGUUUCUAGGACAUCAAGAAACUUGGUACCAGAACUUUUUCCAGCAAUAAAAUGUGGAUAUUUCUCUUCCAUCCCAUGCUAGCCUGUUUACCGUAACAGUAAUGUAAUGAGACCCUUUAAACUGUGAGGAAUAGUCUACUAGAAGUGAUGGAAGAAUAUUUUUAGCCAGCCAGUUUAGAAAACAGCUAGAACUGUGUGCUGUCAGAGGAAUACUUUCCUGUUGGAAGGAAGUGGAUUAAAAUUGUUUGUUACAGACUGUGGCAGAAAACUGGGGUUAAGUAGAGAAGUGCAGCCAGCGCUAAACCACUAUCCUUAGGGCACACAGAUAUGGGGUGUUUAGUUCUGACAAGCUUUAAGUUUUCCAUACUGUUCGAUUCCUGUCGCGGCCCGAAAUGAGUCGUUCAGCUGUGUAUAACAUCUUGUUUUCCAUUCUUCUGGUAUAAUCCACCGAUGUAUCUGUUGUCCAAGUUGUGACGGGGGAGUACCUCUUUUCCGUUAUCCUCAGGGCUCCAGCAAUGCAAGGAUGGUCGAGGAUUGUUGAUUGCGGCCCUCGUGGUCGAUGCCGAGGCUGAUGGCCGUUGUGGUGCAUGCGUGGUUUGAGCCUGGGUACUGUAGUCACCUGACGGGUUUUAUUGUUUUCUACCCACUAAGUUCCGGUGGGUCACCAGGACCAGUUUUACACGAUAAACAUAUCAUUAUAGCAAAUCACAUCCUAUGGUUUCUUUACAAAAAAUAUCUGGAUUAUAUUUGUCCUAAUCUCUAUUGCCUAUCUCCUCGCCAUUCUUCCGUGUAUAACUAUGCACUCCACCCCGUGAGUUAAAAAGGUUCCUCAGCCUGGUCUUAAAUUGCUAUUUCAGCCUUAGGGACAUCAAUUAGGUCCUCCUCGUCUUCCUCCUUUGGUAGGGGAGCAUUAUUAGUCAGUUGGACCAUUCGUAUGUUAACAGUUUUUAUUAUAGUUGAUUUUACACAGGAUAUUGCUAUGCUUACGAUAACCAUAACUGCAGUAAACAUUAUCACAUAUUGUAUCAAACUUUGAAUCCAACCAGUGACACUGAGUCCAAACCAACUAAAUAUUUUUGAAAGCCAAUUAGAAUUCAUUGAUUCUUGGAGCUCACGGGUGUCUUUCGCCACUUGUCGUAUCCUUUCUAGUUGGUCAUUGAGGUCCAGUGUAACGUUAGGGAUAUGGAUACAGCAGUCAGUACUGGAGAGGUUUAAGUAACCACAAAGCCCAUUUUGAUGUACCAUCAUCAAGUCUAGUGCCAUGCGGUUUUGAAGAGCCAUUUUUGAUGUGGCUUGCAAUUGCUGAUUAAGCAACUGUAUACUAGCUUCAAUAGCAUUAGCUAGUUUUCCUACUUGAUAAGCUAACUUACUUAACCAUAUUCACAUUCGCAUGGUAGCCGACCCAAAUCCCCAGAAUCCUUCCAUUCCCCAGGCUAUGCAGGUGGCUACCCCUGGGUCUUGCCACCCCUCUACAUCUCCGUCCAGUGUUAUCUUUGCCCGUUUUAUGCGAGAUAUCCAGUGGGGUCAGAUAGGAGUCCGUUUCCACACGGGACAUAAUGUUGGGAGUCCCAAGGUACAUUGGAGGUCAGGUAGCCCAGCCCAUAAAGAAGUAUACAUAUUACCAUCACUGCAGGCCCAGAUCGAAGCAGCCGGAGCGUCACCAGAGGCAACAUGACAGUCAUUAGGAGGUGCAAAAUUUUCACACACUGAUUUGUAUGCUAUGCUGUGAUUUCGGCACAAACAGCCCAUUUUUAAGGUGAUAUAAACUGGCCAAUAGUAUUCAACCCAAUCAUAUUGUUUCCAGUUAGAGCAAUUUAUUACAUUUUGGCAAGACCACAAUGCUGACUUGUUUGAUACUGGGGCAAAAGAGAAUCCUGGUUCGAAUGGCGUGAAACCCUGACAGUCUAACCCAAACCAGGCACAAUUACUCCUGGGCUUUUCCCUCUUGGGACAAUCUUGCCCUCUGUUCCACUGAAUGCACCAGGUUGUAUUUAUGGGUUGAUUAUACUGUAGGACAUUAGUUGCUCGCCCCCAGGUUGUAAAUCUGUAGUUCCCCACGGGAUCAUAUUGCAGGUGAAAGUUACGUUUAAACCCCUUUUGUAAUACGUACAGUUUGUGCGAUUGAUGGUGGAAAAAUUGAAUGGUUGAUCAAAUUUCACGGGAACUCGCCUUCUAUCUGGGGAAAAAGGAUUCACUAUUUCAAGGAUACCCCGGGUAUUCCGCAGUCGUAGCAAGCUUCCUGCUAUGUCUGUGGGAAGAAUACCCAUGGGAAGGGGGUCUUCUACAGAUUUAGGCAUAGGCAAACAGGCAGUAAUACUAGAUUCAUUUAGGGAAGUUGCAAACCCCUUUAUCAAGGCUAGGAUUAAGUUAUCCUCCAAACCAUGGGUGGCUUGGAUUGAUACUACUCUGAUAGUAAAGUGGCUACCAUUAUCUGAUUGGAUAACUCUGGGUUUAGGAAAACAACUAAACCAUGAUUUCAGACUGUUCACUGUAUAUUCCCCUGUUGCUCGUGGGACAGCUUCAGCUUGGGUUAAUCCUGAAAUUACCUCAACUCCUACCAAUACAUGCCUCUUUCCUUCUGAGAGGCGAAAAGGGCCAAUGUAAUCUACUUGCCAAGUGUCCCACAGCCCCUUAUUGUCUCUUAAGUGUAGGGGUUGGUCCUUGAGAGGGUUAUGUUCCCCUAACCGUGUACAGCAUAGUCCGCAUACUGAGAUAAGGGUGUUACAUAGCCCCCUGGUCACAGACCAUCCCCUGCUGACUGCCUCUUUAUAAAGGUCUUUACUUCCAGAAUGGCCUCGUUUAACAUGCAACCAUUCUAACAGAUGUUCCCAUUUUUCCCCCUCUGCUUCUGCCGCUAAUGUAGCUAGACGGGUUAGCGAAUCUACUUGGUUGUUCAAAAGGUGAGCGGGGUGGUUUCCUGCUUGGUGUGCAGCUACCCAUCCUACUAGGAAAGAUUUCUGUUUGGCAAUGUUGAGGGUUUCUUCCCAUUUCUCUCGUUGCCACACUGGUAUUCGAUUGACUUCCCACUGGUUUUGCUCCCAGAAUGGGAGCCAUUCAGUACAUCCCUUGAACACAGCAUAUGAAUCGGUGUAAAUGAACACUGGUUCUGUGUUUUCUGCUUCUCGCUUUAUCACACUCCAAACUGCUAUCAACUCUCCUACCUGAGCACUCCCCUCCCCUUCCGUUACUAUCCGGUCUCCUGAAUCAACAUGCAGUGCUACUGCUCGGUGUUUCCAGACCUUACCUUCUCUUUUAGAGGAGGCGUCAGUAAACCAUACAUUCUUUAGUUGGGAUUCAAAAGGAGGAGCGGGUUUUAUAACAGAAGGAGGAGGUUCCUGAUCUGGGUGAUCAGGCGUUGCAUCCUGUAUUUGAAGCAUCUUAGGUGUACCCUCCUCUAUCUUGUGUGUCUGGCAGUAGUGAUCUAACUGUGCAUACCACUUCCUUACUGUUUCUCGUUGUGCAACCCCCACAGGAGGUGGAGUUCCAGCUAAUAUUGGCUUCAAGACCUUGAAGGGUCCUCUUAAAAUAAUCAGUUGCUGUCAUAUGACUUUUUCAGCUUCUUGCAAAGCUAGGCUAACUACAAAGAGGCCCUUCUCCCAGGCAGAGUAUCGCUUCUCUGCAUCUUUGAAACUGCGUGAGUAAAAUCCUAUGGGGCGAGUCGGACCUUCAGGCCCACGUUGCCACAUACGUAUGGAUAAUCUGUGAAUUGCAAAACCCCACUCAAUAUGGAGUGGAUCUGUUGGGUGUAUUGGCCCUAAGGCUGGAUAUACCCCAGCCUCAAAAAUUAACAAUUCUAAGGUUUCCUCAUGAAUUGGGGUCCAAUUCCAGAUGGCUUUUUUGCAUGUCAAAUCAUAUAAAGGAUGUGCUAUGAUGGAAAAAUUGGGAAUGUGUUUUCUCCAAAAUACCAGCAGGCCUAGGGCAUGUUGUAACUCCUCCUUAUUUCCAGGCAUCUUUACUUGUUCAAGGGAAGUUAAAGUUUCAGGGGGAAUACAUACUGUUCCUCCCCUCCACCAAAUGCCUAGGAAUUUCACCUCAGAAGAGGGAGGCUGUAUGUUUUCUGUUGGAAUUUGGAGUCCUAAACUUUCCAAAUGGUUAAUUAUUUCAGAUUAGGUUUUUCCCACCACAAUGGCAUCAGAGCCGCCAACCAAUAUAUCAUCAAUAUAUUGAUAUACUUUGACCCCUUUUUCAGGCGUGAUUCGAGCAAGCUCUUGUGCCAGUGCGUGGUGGGCAAUGGUUGGUGAGAGGCGGUAUCCCGUGUGGUAGUUCAGACCAGUAGUAAUUUUUGGGUCUGGGGUCUCCUGCUCCUUAUUGGGUCUCAUCGUUGUUCCUAGGCAGGCUGUUUCUUUUCUCCCUUAUCUUUUCUGUUGCAGUUUCUGCCGACAGGUGUGUCCUCAUUUCUCGGGUCCCGCCAUCAUCUCUCAAGGUCCUGACAAAGAAGGUGAUAACUCCAGCAAUUAGCACUGUUUCAGCAGUGCACAGGAAUGCAAAUUGCUGGUAACUCCCUUAUCCUUCCCGCCUGCACCAGCUCUGGGGCCCUUUCUCACUGAACUAGGGAGUGUGGCCUAAGGCUUCAGCAAAUUUAGCCACUCAUGCCAAGCAAGUUUUAUAGAAGUCAUGCUAAAAACGGCAAUAAUUUACAGUCCAGGUCCCAAAGUCUCUGUCCGAUCGUGCCCUGGUUCAGCGCAGGCUUGGUGUGUCCCGGGUGGUCGCAGGGAGACCGUUUUGGGGGUCGCAGCAGCUUAGUCCUGUUUCCGAUAGGGACAGAUGGCUUGUUCGGGGUCGUGGUUUGCUUGCACCUUAUGUACCAAGAAAUGUUUAAGGCAAAAGUUCACUCAUCUGUCUGCCACAGUUCCUGCUUUACUUGAUGAGGUAUUCUUUCUGUAUGAUUGGAGACUUCAGGGGACUAAGCCAUGAGGUUGGAUUACAAGUAAAAAGAAAAAAAUCUUAAAAAAAAAAAAAAAAAAAAAAAAAAACCAAAAUCUCGUACUGGAAACUAAUGCUUUGGUAAGGAUACUCGAUCUGGUGAUUGUAGUUUUGGUUAGCUGGGGAGCCUAAACUAGGUGUCAGUCCAUUGUGAUACGAAGGGGAAUCUCAUCCCACGGGGAAAGGAUGAGAUGUUUUGUCCUACAAAUGGAUAAAACUUUGUGAAAGGAAUGCUAGUGAGAUGUUUCUACUCCCAAUUCCUACCCCUUUAGCCUCCAUCAGAGUCCAAAACAGCUUUACUGAUUCUCCAUUGACUUAAAUAAAGCUAGUCUGCUGUAGCUUAAGGCAAGCAGUGUUAACAACUGGCUCUUGAGGCCAGUGAACCAUUAUCUUCUUUCUAUUCCUCGUCCUUGUAUUGAGUUGAUCGGAAGAAACUGUCAUGUUCCUGAUGCUUGCCCUAACAUUUGACUGUUUGCUUUAUUGUAAGACAAAUAUAUCCCUGUGCCAGAUGAUGUUAGCAACAGUUCUGCAAUAAGAAAAAUGGUGGUAGAAGAAGGUGUUUAGGUAGCUUUUGUAAUUAACAUAUUUAGAAUUGAUAAAGAUUGAAUUCAGCUUUUGUUUAAUAUGUUCCUUUUCCUGUGACUGUUUUGUUAAAACCAAACAAAAUUGGUUGGUGCAAUUCUGCCUUCCAUAUUGUAAAUUUUUUUCUGCUUCGUGGAUUAGAUAGAGGAUGUGACUGGAUCCUUUCUGCUAAGCGAACCAAGCUGUGGCUUGCUGUUAGUCUUAAUCCCGUUGCAACCUUUUUUCUGUAAUGUGUGUAAACCAUAUUAAGGAGUCUACAUUGAAUAGUAUGUACGCACUUUGUAGGUUUAGAUUGUGAUUAAGGGACCAGGCAGAGCAAGCGCUAUCUGAUCUCUCUUUUUUUCUUUUAUGUCAGUAUUUAGAAUGGCUUCUAUACCUGUAUGGUAUUUAUACAGUUAAACUUUUCUUCUGGUGAAACAGCAAGAGGAAUAGAAUAGUUUACACUGAUCUCAGUGCUUUGAGAUUUAAUAAAAAGAAUGACUUGCAGUUUGAGUACAUGAAAACUGACUCAUAAUGUGGGAUUAUGCCUGUAUUGAAUCAAAUCCUCAAACAGGAAUCCAUCCUUUUUUUUUUUUUGACUUUAAACUAUUUAAUGUAGUUUAACUUGUAUUUCCUUAAUUCUGUCAGUUUUCAAGAUAAGUCCCUUGGAAAUUCUGUUCUUCACCCAGCAGUACAGCACAAGAAAAUUGGCAAGAACUCCUUAAUUUAAAGAUUUGAAGUGCUAAGUCACUUUACGAAAAUGACCAUCUUCAGUGUUAGUUCUUUUUUCCCUUGCUCCCAAAGACCUGUUAAGUUUAUGGAAGGUGGGCUGGUACCUUUUUAUAUAUUUUUGCACUGUAUUAAUAACUGAACCUGUGUAAAUGUGUAUAAAAUCAUUUUGCAUGUGUAUGUAUAUAUGUACAUAUCUAAUAAAUGGCUUUUUUCUAA